GUCAAACGCACGUUUUAGGUUUUCGUUUCCCCAAUAUUUGUCAUCUCUACAAAAACUUGAAAAACAUUGCUCUUUCCUUGAAUUUAAAAUAUUUGAUCUUCUCCAAUUGUUGAAUUCAAAAUGGGCCGAGGAAAAGGAGGUAAGUUUCAUAAAAACAAUAAAAAGCAACUCGCAAAACACUUCAAAAAGAAGAAAGAGAAAAAAGUUGAGGUUGUUAACAAAAAGGCUCUAUUUAACCGGUACAAAAACAAGCAAAAGGUUGAAGAAGAGAACUUGAAGAAGGAGCAACUGGAACGGAAGCUAAAACAGCAGCAGGCGGCAUACUCAGAGAGUGAGGAAGAAGAAGAUCCUUAUGGAAUGCUAGUUUCCUGUUUCAGUCAGCCAAAAAAACAAAAAGUUGUAAUUGAUAGCGAUGAAAGUGAUAGUGAACAGGAACCCGAACAUGAAAGUGGCGAUGAAGACAUGGCCAGUGAACAGGGAGAUAUGGCAAGUGAGAAUGGAGAUGAUAAAGGUGGAGGAGGUGAUGACAGUGAACAGGAUUCAGAAGAUAUGCAGGAUGAAGAUGAGGAGGACAGUAAUUUGGAGAUAAAAGUAAAGUCUUCAAACAAAGCUGAAAAUGAGGAACAGGACUCUUCCAAUGAUCCAUUUAUCAAGCACCUACAAUAUGAACUCGGGGAAGAUCUCCUAGUCACUCUCUCAAAUCCAUCUCCAGAGAAUUUGGACCAAGUUGAGAAAACAUGGCCAAUGCUUGGUAACAUAUCUGUAACCAUACCCAAACCUGUCAAGUUGAAAGCCAAAGUGAAACCUAAAAUUUCCUUACUUGAAGAAAAACCUUCGGCUCCAACAGGCACCGUCCCACAAAUGGCAAGCACAGAUUUUAAACAUAUGUUCAUAAAAUCGCAAAUACAUGGUAACAUUGUGUCUGCGAAUAAAACUAAUUUAAUCAAGAAUGAUUUGGAGCUCACUGAAGUGUUCACUCCUCUGCAGAGGGAACUCUUUGGCAUAAUGAAUAACUAUCAAGAUCUUUACUACCCAGAGAGGACAUUUACUAAUGCUGAAGAAAUUCGCUUUACAUACUGUUUGCAUGUGGUCAACCAUAUGUUGAAGACUAGGACUAAGAUUCUUCAUCAUAAUUCCAAGCUUGGUAAAAAGACUGACCCUUCUGAGGAAUAUAGAGACCAAGGCUUAGUCAGACCAAAGGUACUGAUACUGGUUCCAUUCAAAAGCGCAGCAUACAAAGUAGUGAAGACCCUAAUGGACAUCCUAGUGCCCAAAGAAGCAGGCCAGGUGGUCAACAAGAACCGCUUUGAGGAGGAGUUUACCGGCAACGAGCUUGCCAUGCCGCAGAAAAACCCUAAACCAGAGGAUUAUGAGCUCAUGUUCAGCGGGAAUACUGAUGACACUUUUAGAUUAGCUAUGACUUUAACUAAGAAAACAUUGAAGUUGUACACAGACUUCUAUUCAUCAGACAUCAUAGUGGCUUCGCCCCUCGGUCUGCGCAUGAUUGUCGGCGCGGAGGGCGAAGAGGACCGCGACUAUGACUUCCUGGCCUCCAUAGAAGUCCUGAUCAUGGACCAGACAGAUGUGUUCCUAAUGCAGAACUGGGACCAUCUGCUGCACUGCCUGGACCACUUCCAUUUACAGCCGCAGAAGACGCGCGAUACCGAUUUCUCUAGGGUCCGAUCGUGGGCUAUCAAUGGCUGGUCGAAAUAUUACAGGCAAACGUUGGUCUUCAGCUCGGUGGCGCUGCCGGAGAUAAAGUCCAUCCUCAACCAUAAAUGCCAGAACUACGCGGGCAAGGCGGUGGUCGCGAACCCGUGCGAGGUCGGCGCCAUACAGCAAGUUUUAUUGCAAGUGCCGCAGAUAUUUCAUAGGUUUAACGCAAGCAGUCCGCUGGCAGCGGUAGACGCCAGGUUCGAGUACUUCGUGAAGGAAGUCCUGCCGAAGCAGCGAGACCCUCUCAUGAGCCACACGCUGAUCUAUGUGCCCAGCUACUUCGACUACGUGCGGAUACGUAACUACUUCAAGAAGGAAGACAUCGGAUUCGUGCAAAUUUGCGAAUACUCUAAGGACGGUAAAAUAGCCCGAGCCCGUGACAUGUUCUUCCACACAGAGGCGCACUUCCUGCUGUACUCCGAGAGGGUGCACUUCUUCAGACGGUUCAGGAUAAAAGGCAUCCGGCACAUCAUAUUCUACCAGCCGCCGACCUAUCCGCAUUUCUACUCGGAGAUGUGUAAUCUUAUGCAGGAAUCGAAUCAAAACAAAUACGGCGGCAGCGAGUUCAACAUGUCCGUGACAACCCUAAUGUGCAAGUACGACGCAGCGCGCGCCGCCGCCGUCGCCGGCGCCGCGCGCGUCGCGGCCAUCCUGCGCUCUGACAAGCCAGUACACAUGUACAUCACCGGCGAGUGAUUUUAUGCUUUACUAUUAUGGAUUUAAGGUUCAUUUUUAAGGUUUAACCUUGGCGAACAGUGCUGAGAAGAUCGCUGUUACGGAUGGGUUGACUGAAGGCAUGAGAUAUAUUUUUAUGUACAGGAUUAGCCUAAGUGUUGCCUCAGCCAAGCCACUACUCAUGUAUUUGAUACUCACGAAUGACUAUAAUGCGCAUUACAACUAUUACAAGGUAUGGUUAUAAGAUUUAUUUUGAAACUAUACAUUUUUGAUCCUGCAUGUGUUGCGCGCUAUGUACUAUGCACAUUUUUGAGGUACAAUAUUUUAUUAUUUACUAUGGCGUGGACGACUUUCGGCUGGUGCAUUAAAUAAGGUAGGAGUUUUCUUUAUUGUAAGAAAAAUAAUCAGUUUUU